CCAUUAUUUGUGUGGUUAGGUACACUAUACAAAUUGCGUUACUCAUGCAUUUCUUCUAUAAAGUUGGAAAAGUUGAAUAGUGAGUUAAGAGAGAAUUGAAAAACUUACUUAUCUCUAAUGGCUUCUUCAAUCAGAAUCUCAAGACUCAUUUCUCGUUCAUUUUCUUCUGCUUCUUCUAUUUCUUUGUUUUCUCGUGGUGGGAAUGGUUAUGUGGGUGGAUUACUCUCUAAAUACAGUACUGCUGCUGCUGUUGAAGAACAACCAAUUAAGCCAACGGUACAAGUAGACCACACACAACUCUUAAUUGAUGGCAAAUUUGUAGAUGCUGCUUCUGGUAAAACUUUUCCAACAUUGGAUCCAAGGACAGGGGAAGUGAUUGCUCAUGUUGCUGAAGGUCACGCUGAAGAUGUUGAUAGAGCGGUUGCUGCUGCACGUCAAGCAUUCGAUCAUGGGCCAUGGCCUAAGAUGACAGCCUAUGAAAGGCAAAGGAUAUUGUUGCGUGCUGCUGAUCUAAUUGAAAAACAUAACGAUGAACUUGCAGCACUUGAGACUUGGGAUAAUGGGAAGCCAUUUGAACAAUCUGCUAAAACUGAAGUCCCAAUGCUGGUUCGCCUAAUUCGUUACUAUGCUGGUUGGGCAGAUAAGAUUCAUGGUCUCACAAUUCCAGCUGAUGGACCACAUCAUGUGCAAACAUUGCACGAACCGAUCGGUGUUGCUGGUCAGAUUAUUCCAUGGAACUUUCCUCUUCUCAUGUUUGGUUGGAAGGUCGGUCCGGCAUUGGCAUGCGGCAACACUGUUGUUUUGAAAACAGCUGAGCAGACACCAUUGUCGGCUUUGUAUGCAGCAAAACUAUUUCAUGAGGCUGGACUUCCUCCUGGUGUUUUGAAUAUAGUGUCUGGAUUUGGUGCAACUGCAGGUGCUGCUCUUGCUAGUCACAUGGAUGUUGACAAGCUUGCAUUUACAGGUUCAACUGAUACUGGAAAAGCCGUUCUUCAACUGGCAGCAAAAAGCAAUCUUAAACCUGUAACUUUGGAGCUUGGUGGAAAAUCUCCUUUUAUUGUAUGCGAAGAUGCUGAUGUAGAUCAAGCUGUCGAGCUAGCACACUCUGCCUUAUUUUUCAACCAGGGACAAUGUUGCUGCGCUGGAUCUCGGACGUUUGUACACGAAAGUGUGUAUGACGAGUUUGUUGAGAAAGCAAAGGCUCGUGCUUUGAAACGUGCUGUGGGAGAUCCCUUCAAGUCAGGAACCGAGCAAGGUCCUCAGAUUGAUUCAAAGCAAUUUGAGAAAAUACUGAAGUACAUUAAAUCUGGUGUUGAAAAUGGUGCUACACUUGAAACUGGAGGAGAAAGGCUUGGCAGCAAGGGCUUCUAUAUUCAGCCUACUGUCUUCUCAAAUGUUCAGGAUGACCAUCUGAUUGCAAAGGAGGAGAUAUUUGGUCCAGUGCAAUCCAUAUUAAAAUUCAAGGACCUUGGUGAGGUAAUUCAAAGAGCAAACAAUACAGAGUAUGGUCUUGCAGCCGGCAUCUUCACAAAGAACAUAGACACUGCUAAUACUUUGACAAGAGCAUUGAAAGUUGGAUCAGUUUGGGUGAAUUGCUUUGAUAUACUUGAUGCUGCAAUUCCUUUUGGUGGGUAUAAGAUGAGUGGACACGGCAGAGAAAAAGGAGAGUACAGUCUCAAGAACUACUUGCAAGUGAAGGCUGUUGUUAUACCCUUGAAGAAUCCAGCAUGGCUUUGAGCAUCUAUAUCAUAGACAUCACAAUAAAUCAGGAUUUUUUUGAUAACGCGAUAAAAUCUUGUUUAUUUGUCAUUUAUACAUUUGAUGGUUUUUCCUUUGUAUUUUUAUUUUUUAUGCUUGAAAUUUUUUUCGAGUAUUAUAUUGAUAGUAGUUUGAUUUGUUAAUAA